UCUGCAAGUGGAGCCCUCCCUAAUUCCUGACUUCCAAUUCCCAGCCACAUAAACAAGAGGCAAUGAAACUAAAACCUAUCUCUUCCAAUGAGCAACUUCUAAAAUCAGGCCAUCUUUUUUUCUUUUCUUUUUUUUGGCUUUUAUAACUCUUCCCAUGGCUUCCACAGCUACUCCUCCAGCUUCAUAUUCUCUCAUUCUAAGGCCCAAAAACAGAUGCAGUCACCAGAGGGAAGAGCACCUGUUAUGGACAAGAAAGGUAGUUGGGCAAUUACCCAGAAGAAAAAUCAGGCAUAGUUUGAGAGUUUUCGCGGCGGCGCAGGAAUCGGAAAGGCGGCAGAGAGCCCCGCCCCCAAGGCCGGGAUAUGAUACUAGGAUUCACUGGGAGAAUGAUGAGGAUGGGUGGAUUGGAGGAGGUAAUAAUAGCAAGUCGAAAUCAACACAAGAAGAGAGCCAUGAUGACAACCUCUUGAGUGAGAGGUUUUCGGAAUUGCUCAACAGUUCUUCUGAUUCUCAUUAUCAGUUCUUGGGGGUUUCAGCAGAAGCAGACUUGGAAGAAAUAAAAGCGGCCUAUAGGCGAUUAUCAAAGGAGUACCAUCCGGACACAACCUCGCUUCCGCUGAAAUCAGCGUCGGAGAAGUUCAUGAAACUGAGGGAGAUUUACGACGUGCUGAGCGACGGAGAGAAACGCGGCUUCUACGAUUGGACGCUGGCUCAGGAGGCGGCCAGCCGGGAAGCCGAGAAGAUGAGAGUGAAGCUGGAGGAUCCUUACAUGAAGGAGGUGGCGAAUGCUGUGCCUAUGCCGGACGUGGUGGAUAGGCUUGGUGGGAAGAACAUGGACCUUAGUGAUCAAGCACUCUCUGCUCUCACCUUCGACGUUGUGAUUAUACUGUUCGCUAUUUGUUCUAUCGUCUAUGUACUCGUCUUCAAAGACCCAUAUUAUUACUAGCUAGUUAGCUUCUUGGAUGGCAUUCAAAGGGCUAGAAACUUGUGUAGUUAAUGAAGAUAUGAAUUGUAAAGGGAAAUCUCUUCUUGGAUGGGGAAGGCAAAUAAGAACAUGUGUUGUAUGUGUGUACUCAUAUAAGUUGGAUCAAAGGGACUUUUAUCUCUCUCUUUUA